AUGGCGUGUAGGGUUCGACCAACAUUAUCAGACAACGAGUUGGUGGACAUCUUCAUGGGUACGCUACAAGGGCUGUAUUUUGAAAAGAUGAUUGGCAAUUCAUCAACAAAUUUUGCUGACAUGGUUACUAUUGGGGAACGUGUUGAGAGUGGGCUGAAAUCUGGGAAAAUAACAGACACGACCACACAGCAGACAACCAACAAGAAACCGCAUGGGGGCUUCGCUAAAAGGAAGGAGGGGGAGGCAAACGUUGUAAUGGAGAAGGCUCGCCCCCGAUAUCAAUUUCCGAUGGCCCCUAUGUCGUAUUAUCCGUAUUCGUAUGUCGCCACAGCUCAAUACCAACAACCGUCUUUCCAGUAUCAACCACAGAGAGGCAAUCAACAAUCAGCUCCUACUCAGAAAGAUCAGAGUCAACAAUAUAACUGGGCUAUUGUGCCAAAAGAAAUCCCUCAGGCUGUGCCACCCUAUCAUCAUAAACAUAACCCCAAUGCCUCAUGCGCCUACCAUGCCGGCCAUGUGGGAUAUUCCACCAAAGACUGCUGGCUAUUAAAGAACAAAAUACAAGACUUGAUUGAUAGAAAGAUCUUGACCUUCUCGGAGGAAAAGCCGAAUGUAAAAACAAACCCCCUACCUAAUCAUGAUGGUCCCACGGUCAAUGUCGUCAUUGAAGAAGAGUCCGUAGAACCUGUGAAGUGGGUCGAUGAGGUGAAAACUCCGUUUCCAUUAUGGUUGCAAGCAGUUUGGGUUUCUGGAAGGGAUCAAGGGUUAAUACAAUUCUCCAAGUCCAAAGCAGUAGAAGAGGUGGCAGUAAUCGAGCCAAUAACAAUAGUAUACAGGAAAAAGAAAGUUGAAGCUCCCCCUAGGAGGAUUCAGCCGGUUCAUUUCCGUGUUCCCACUCCGUUUCCGUAUCAGAAUACCAAGGCAGUGCCUUGGAAUUAUGAGACCACAACGUACUUGGGAGGAAAAGAAAUCCGCAUUCCUGAUACAGAAAUCGUCAACAUUGCUGGAGCGGGAGGCAUGACUCGAAGCGGCCGUGUAUUCGCUCCUAAAUACACUCCUAGGGUGUCUCCAGCACCCACUGUUAUCUCUCUUAAAGAGAAGGCAACUCCUACACUGACUCCGCAGGAAGGGGCAACUGUACCCGCUGCUCAGACCAUGACGACUACUCCGAUGUUGACGAAGGUUAUUGACAAAAAAUAA